AAAAAAAGUUUGGCCAUAACUGAUAUAUAGUAUACUAUAUUGUUCCAGGAACUACAUGGUGCAAGGAGAUGACGUGGUGUGUAGCAAACGAUUUGGACUUCGAAGGUGCCAAACAAAAUUUACUUGAAAGAGUUCCACUUUUAGAAAUGUAUUCAUAUCAAGACUUUGAAAAAGCUAUACAAGAUAACCCAGACCUAGAAAUACCGAGGUAUAUGUCCAAUUCCGUAGAAUAUAUAAAUGAAUUGAAAUCUCCAAGAUAUAUCAAGACUCAUCUACCUUACCAACUUCUGCCAAAAAAACUUAGGGAUAAAUCUACCAAGGCUAAAAUCAUAUACAUGGCAAGAAAUCCAAAAGACACUUGCCUUUCAUUUUUCCACUUUGCAACCCUCCUUAGUUCAUAUGAAGAAAAUUUUGAAAAAUUUUGUGAACUAUUUGUCUCCGAUUACCUCUGUUACAGUCCGUUUUUUGACCAUAUUCUUGGCUUCUGGGACCGAAGAGAUGAUCCACAAAUACUAUUCUUGAAGUAUGAAGACAUGAAAAAGGACCUACAUUCGGUACUUCGACAAACCGCUCAAUUUUUAGGCAAACAUAUGCUUGACGAUCAACUGUUGGCUUUAGAAGACCACUUAAGUUUUAAAAGCAUGAAGAAGAAUAAAGCUGUCAGUGGCGAACCAUUUAUUGGUAUAACCAUAAGAUUAUUUAGUGGAUCAAGAGGCAAAGGAAAUAUUAUAAGAAGUGGUACUGUCGGUGAGGGUAAAACAAAAAUGACACCCGAGCUUCUGAAAAUUUUUGACGAAUGGGAAAAUAAGUGUUUAGAAAAAAGCGGAUUAAAGUUUUUAUGAAUUUAAUUAUGUAGGUAGUAACCAAGUAGUUGUGUUUGUGUAGGUACCUAUAGGUAUAUAAAAAAAAUAGUAAAUACAUACGAGGUACAUCUGUUAUUGUAUUCUACCUUAGACAAUAAUCAAAUUGUAAACUAUAAUAUAUUUUAGUAUUAAUGUAGAAAUAUAAUUUAUCGAAUGAGUAAAAUAUUAGUUCAUCAGUCAAUGAAGCUAAAAUGUGUUGGAGCGACAAAUAUUUAUGCAUACAAAUUAAACCCAUAUUUCCUUUCCUUAAAUUAUUGAGAACCUCUCACAGUGAAUUUAAAAACAAGUCCAUAAUAUGACCAUAUCGAUAUCGCUAUAUGCCUAUAUCAUUUACCACCAGUCGAAAUUAUAAAGUGAGAGUCUAAUGUGGUCUGAGACUAUGUGCUCGCAAAUUAUUUAGAUUAGAUGAUAAGAGAAAUAAAAAACCCGAAAUAUAAAAUUGUCGACCUUUUUCACGUCCUGUUGGCUAUUACAUAUUAUAUUAUUACAAUAUAAUGUGACAUUGCACACCGCCAAGCAAGACUCGAUUUAUUGUUCAGGUAUAAUAUCUUUAAUCAUUAAAAUAUUAAAAUAUAUACUUAAUAAAUAUUAUCAUCUAUAGUUUGGCCAUAUUAUACGUAUACCCUGUUCCAAAAUAGAAGGCACCAGGCUUACGUAAGAAAACCGGUUUUUCCCGUGGCUGCCUGGUUUAUUCUAGUUUGAGACAGAGUAUUUUAUAGCCUAUAUAGGUACCCGCUACUAUUGUUAUUACGCAACUGGGAGCUAAAGAUUCGUUCGCAAUCGUUAUUUUCUGUACAGCGUGAUAAUAAUUACUAGUAUAUAGUCGACAUCGAGUAUAGAAGUAUUUAAGUGUAUAUUAAAAUUUAAUAGAUACUUAAAAAUUGUAUUAACUAUUUUGUUGGGAUGCGUACAAUUGUUUUUUAAAUCUAAAAUGCAUCUUAUUAACUUUUAUUUAGGAUAGAUGAUCCUACUAUAGAAAUGUUGGAUUGUUUAUAGAAACUGAAAAUGUUAGUGACAAGUAAAUCGUUCAAUCUUCAAUUAUGUAACGAAAUAUGUGCUAUAAUUAUACCUACAAUGGAAAAUUGAAGUGUCACCAACGCUGGACGCUGCUACUAACAUAAUACGUACCUGCCAUAAGCUUAAUGAACCACAGGGGAGCAACUCAUUAAAACUACUCAUUCACCCAUUUGAAAAUGUUAAUAAUAAUAUUAUAUUUAACUUGAAAAAUUUAUUUUACCUACAUGUUUUUUAAAAUUAUUAAUUACACUUUGGAAGUUAAUUAACUAAGUUAAUAUUAUUAACUAUUAUUAUUAAAAUGAAUCUUAUAGUA